CACGAGUUCGAUAAGUUCUCGAAGAAAUGGUUUUGCGAAGCGGAAAUUAAGAUUAGUAUAAACCCGAUGAGACGGUUGAGAAAAAAAUUGAUAUUCCGUUGAAAAUGCUCUGGGGGAAGAAAUGGUACAGGGAUGAAAAAAUAAAAAAAAUUACCGUUCCCCGCUUGUACAUUGCGUUCCGGGGCAUCUCGUGUAUACGCGACGAUAUCUCCGUUAUCGACGUCCGAAGAAGUGGGGAGAUUCGUGCUCGCGCGCGUAGUCGGCCCAUCGCCGAAACCUCUCUACCCCCGGUAGUCGCGAUCGACCACCCAUUGUUGUUUCGGCGAUUUAGUUCACGAUGGUGCGAGACACGAACAUGGAGAAAGUCCAAGAUCUUGCCAAUAGACUACGUAUCGAGUGCGUACGAGCGACCGAGGCGGCGAAGAGCGGCCACCCGACGUCAUGUUCGUCGAUAGCGGAGAUUAUGUCCGUUCUCUUUUUCCAUACUAUGCGUUACAAGGUCUCGGAUCCACGUGAUCUGAACAGCGAUAGAUUCGUCCUCAGUAAGGGUCAUGCAGCUCCAAUUCUUUAUGCAGCAUGGGCAGAAGCAGGCUUAUUCCCACCGAGCGAAUUAUUGAAUUUGAGAAAAUUCGAUAGUGACCUAGAGGGACACCCCACUCCGAGACUCAACUUCAUAGACGUAGGAACUGGCUCAUUAGGACAAGGUCUCUCGGUUGCCGCAGGCAUGGCCUAUGUGGGAAAAAAUUACGACAAAGCCAGUUAUCGUGUAUAUUGUUUGAUCGGCGAUGGAGAAGCAGCGGAAGGUUCCAUCUGGGAAGCUCUUCAUUUUUCGUCUUACUACAAACUAGACAAUCUUUGUGCUAUUUUUGACGUCAACCGUCUCGGACAGAGUGAACCAACUUCGCUGCAGCAUAAUAUGGAAGUCUAUCGUAGAAGAUUAGAAGCCUUCGGUUUCAACGCUUUGGUCGUGGAUGGCCAUGAUGUGGAGGAAUUGGCGAAGGCUUUCCACGAAGCGGAACAUAUAAAAGGACGUCCCACUGCCAUUUUAGCCAAGACCUUUAAAGGCAAAAACUUCCCCAACAUUGAAGACUUGGACAACUGGCACGGCAAGCCGUUGGGCAAUAAAGCAAAUGAUGUUAUUCAGCAUUUGACUGGACUUUUGAAAAAUAUGGGCUCUGCUGGACUACGCCCACAAAAGCCGCUUAUGGACGAUGCUCCUGCUGUGGAUAUCAGCAACAUUACGUUAGCAGCGCCUCCAAGCUACAAAAUCGGUGACCAAGUAGCUACCAGAUUGGCCUACGGCACUGCUCUUGCAAAGUUGGCGAAAAAUCAUCCUCGUGUUAUUGCUCUGGACGGCGACACGAAGAAUUCCACUUACGCCGAUAAAAUAAAGACGGUCGACUCAACCAGAUUUAUCGAGGGAUUCAUCGCUGAACAGAACAUCGUGGGUGUCGCGAUCGGUGCCGCUUGCAGGGAUCGUACUGUCGCGUUCGUGUCGGCCUUUGCGACGUUCUUCACGCGCGCCUUCGAUCAGAUCCGCAUGGGCGCGAUAUCACAGACGAACGUGAACUUUGUCGGCUCGCAUUGCGGCGUGUCUAUCGGCGAGGACGGUCCCUCGCAGAUGGGCCUAGAAGACAUCGCGAUGUUCCGCACGAUCCCGGGUUCUACUGUUUUCUACCCGAGCGACGCGGUGUCGACAGAGCGCGCUGUAGAAUUGGCGGCCAACACCAAGGGCAUCUGCUUCAUACGCACCUCCCGUCCGAAUACAGCGGUCUUGUACAAUAACGACGAGCCGAUGGCCAUCGGUAAGGCCAAGAUUAUCAGGUCUUCCGCGAAAGAUCAGGUGCUCGUGAUUGGCGCCGGCGUGACGUUGCAUGAGGCGAUCAAGGCGGCUGACGAGUUGUCCAAGGCCGGGAUCAGCAUCCGCGUGAUGGAUCCAUUUACGAUCAAGCCCAUCGACAUGGAAGCGAUCGUGAAGAAUGCUAAGGAAACCGGCGGCAGGAUCGUCACAAUCGAGGACCAUUACGCGCAAGGUGGCCUGGGUGAGGCGGUCGCGGCCGCAGUUGCCUUGGAGAGAAACAUAAUAGUGAAGAUGUUGGCUGUGCCGACGGUGCCGCGUUCCGGUCCUCCCACGGUACUACUUGACCAUUUCGGUAUCAGCGCUCAUAAAAUUCUCGCUGCUGUGCGAGACAUCCUAAAACAUUAGCGAUCUUGUUGACCAAUGUCUCGCGGCUGGCAGCGAAAUUAGGUUGGCUGGGUUCAACAGGAACACUAAACAUGUACAAAAGAUGUUAUAUUUUUCGAAACCAAUGAGAACCUCAAUAAUAUAUAUAUAUAUAUACAUAUAUGAUGGCACAUUCCGGGCUAUAUUAAAAAGAUAUGAAACAAGAAAUGGAGUAUAAUUUUGCUGCAGCAUUAUUUCAUGAAAAUAGAUACACGGAGAAUAUAUUACCACUAGUUGUGUUUUUCUAUCGUUUUUGAUUGACAUGUUUACUGCAUUUUUGCAACAGGCAUUUAUUAUUAUCAUGUUUUCUUCCAUUUUUAGUUCUUGUAAUCAGUAGAACCUGACAAAGUUACUGAGGAAAGAAUAAGAUAUACAUAACUGGCUCUUAUUAUAAGUAAAGUUACAAUGAAAUAUCAAUCAGUUUAUUUUUGAACGCCAUAAAUGUAACAAGAGAGAAAUCGAAAUAUGAGAAUAUAAAAGAAAAAUUCGUAAAUAAUUCCUGGAAGUGAUUAAAAAUUGGAAACUAUAAAAAAUACGCACAAUUUUAUUUUAUUUAGAAAAUGACAAUAUAAUGCAAGAUAGUACAAUGUUAUUGAUGUAUAUAUUAUACAUCGAUAAAUAAAAAAUGCUAAGUAAUCAGUAGACAUAAAAGCAACUUGACAGUGUUCCUUAAAUUAAAAGAAUUUAUGUUUCUUCAAGAAAGAUUAAUUUUUUUUCAUUGGUUAAAUUUUGAUCUAGGGGUAAAUAACAUGUUGAAUGGAAAUUAUUUUCAAAUAUCUCUACAACUAUUGGACUGUAAAUAAUGAUACAAGUUAUAUUGAUUUCAAGUUGGUUUAUAUUAAAAAAAAGAACUUAAUGUGCAACAUUGAGUGCGCAUACAAUCGUGAAGGAUAGUUCAUUUCUAACGUUUAAUCGAGUUUAUGUGUGUAUAUAUAUAUCUGUAUACUCUGUCAUUCUAUGAAAUUUUGUAUACAAGUUUAUACACCGUUUUUGUAACUUGAAAAGGUUUAUACUGCAAAAAAUUUUUAUAAAAAAUAUACCCAUAUAUCUGAUAUUUUAUAAGUUGAAAAUGUGUUGUAAGAAGCAAGAAGAACAUUGAACAACGUUUGUUAGAAAUAUUCUUAUAUAAGCGGAAAUAAAAGUUCCUUCAAGACAA